GGUUCCCGGAAGUGUGGCCUACUGGUUCCGGUGUAGGAUUCGGCGGGUGUGAGGCGAGUGGUGUGCGGGACGGAGCGGAGGUUCAGCGCGGCCGGGGAAUGCUUGUGGCCUUCUGAGCCGCUUUCCGCUUUCGCCAUGUCCGUCGUGCCGCCCAACCGCUCCCAGACCGGCUGGCCCCGUGGGGUCAACCAGUUCGGUAACAAAUACAUCCAGCAAAGCAAACCCCUCACGCUCGAGCGGACCAUCAACCUGUAUCCACUCACAAAUUACACUUUUGGGACCAAGGAACCCCUAUAUGAAAAGGACAGUUCAGUGGCUGCCCGGUUCCAGCGCAUGAGGGAGGAAUUUGACAAGAUUGGAAUGAGGCGGACUGUCGAGGGGGUCCUUAUUGUGCAUGAACACAGGCUGCCUCAUGUGUUGCUUUUGCAGUUGGGCACAACUUUCUUCAAACUGCCAGGUGGUGAACUUAAUCCAGGAGAAGAUGAGGUAGAAGGUCUCAAACGUUUAAUGACAGAGAUCCUGGGUCGCCAGGAUGGAGUGCAGCAAGACUGGGUCAUUGAUGACUGCAUUGGUAACUGGUGGCGACCAAAUUUUGAGCCCCCACAGUAUCCGUAUAUUCCAGCUCACAUUACGAAACCAAAAGAGCACAAGAAGCUCUUUUUGGUUCAGCUUCAAGAAAAGGCUUUGUUUGCCGUCCCCAAAAAUUACAAGCUGGUAGCUGCUCCAUUGUUUGAGCUCUAUGACAAUGCACCAGGUUAUGGGCCUAUCAUUUCAAGCCUCCCCCAGCUUUUGAGCAGGUUCAAUUUUAUUUACAACUGAAUUUCCUGAAGUACGUGGUAGAAGCCGUCUCUGUGAGAACAGCUUUAAAAUGUAGAAGAGAGAACCUGACACAAAGAUUUGUUUUUUUAUGUGUCCCCCUUCCCCAAACUCUCUACCAUCUGAAUAGGAAAGUGAAUCUUGACUGUUUAGAUAGUGGAAUGAUGAGUGUAUUUGCAUUUUAAUCACCUAUGUUGUAAUAGUCACUUGACUUGACUUUUUUUAAAAAUAACAUUAAAACAAAAUGAUCUCCUUUC